UCGCCCACAUGCGCUGCAUCAGCCCAAGGCUUGGGGAAAGGAAUAAAGAGAAGGUGGGAGAAGAGAGUUUAAAGUCUUUGCAGGCGGGAAGAUGGCGGACUCAAGCUGAAAGUGUGGAUUGGCAAACUUGGGCGAUCUUUGUGUUUAUUUACAAUCCUCUUGACCCAGAUAGGACACAUGCAGGCCAAAAAACGCUAUUUCAUCCUGCUCUCCGCUGGCACUUUCGUCGUCCUUCUCUUUUACUUCGGAGGCGUGCAGUUCAAAGCAUCAAGAAACCAAAGCAGGCGAGAGGCGCUCAGUAGUAGUAGCAGCAGCAGCAGCAGCAGCAGCAGAAAUGGCCCGCAGCACCCCAGCCCCGAGCAUUACUGGCCCCGAUUCCCGGAUGCCCUGCGCCCUUUCGUUCCUUGGGAGCAGCUGGAGAGCGAGGAGUACAACGUGCACGCCUCUCCCCGGCAGAAGCGCGAUGCCAACGCCAGCGUCUACAAAGGCAAGAAGUGCCGCAUGGAGUCCUGUUUCGACUUCGCCCUUUGCAGGAAGAACGGCUUCAAGGUCUACGUCUAUCCGCAGCAGAAAGGGGAGAAGAUCGCCGAAAGUUACCAAAACAUCCUGGCCGCCAUCGAGGGCUCCCGCUUUUACACUUCCGACCCCAGCCAAGCCUGCCUGUUUGUCCUCAGCCUGGACACCUUAGACAGAGACCAGCUCUCCCCCCAGUACGUGCACAACCUGCGGUCCAAAGUGCAAAGCCUCCACUUGUGGAACAAUGGUAGGAAUCAUUUAGUUUUUAAUUUAUAUUCCGGCACCUGGCCUGACUAUACCGAGGACGUGGGCUUCGACAUUGGCCACGCCAUGUUGGCCAAAGCCAGCAUCAGUACGGAAAACUUCCGGCCGAAGUUUGACGUUUCCAUCCCUCUCUUUUCUAAGGAUCAUCCAAGGACAGGAGGGGAGAAGGGCUUCCUGAGGUUUAACACCAUUCCUCCCCUCAGGAAGUACAUGUUGGUCUUCAAGGGGAAAAGGUACUUGACUGGAAUAGGUUCGGACACCAGGAAUGCCUUAUAUCAUGUUCAUAAUGGGGAGGAUGUUGUCCUCUUGACCACCUGCAAGCAUGGGAAAGACUGGCAAAAGCACAAGGAUUCGCGGUGCGAUAGGGACAACGCAGAGUAUGAAAAGUAUGAUUAUCGUGAAAUGCUGCACAAUGCCACUUUCUGUCUGGUCCCCCGGGGCCGGAGGCUUGGAUCCUUCAGGUUCCUCGAGGCCCUGCAGGCUGCCUGCGUUCCUGUGAUGCUGAGCAAUGGAUGGGAGUUGCCAUUCUCCGAAGUGAUUGAUUGGAAUCAAGCUGCCGUCAUAGGGGAUGAAAGAUUGUUAUUACAGAUCCCUUCUACAAUCAGGUCUAUCCAUCAGGAUAAAAUCCUAGCACUUAGACAGCAGACACAGUUCUUGUGGGAGGCUUAUUUUUCUUCUGUUGAGAAGAUUGUAUUGACCACACUAGAGAUUAUUCAAGACAGAAUAUUUAAGCACAUAUCACGUAACAGCUUAAUAUGGAAUAAACACCCUGGCGGGUUAUUUGUACUGCCACAGUAUUCCUCAUAUCUGGGAGAUUUUCCUUACUAUUAUGCUAACCUAGGUCUCAAAUAACCGUCCAAAUUCACCGCCGUGAUCCAUGCAGUUACUCCUUUAGUUUCACAGUCUCAACCUGUGCUGAAACUCCUGGUCGCUGUAGCCAAAUCCCAGUACUGUUCUCAGAUCAUUGUCUUAUGGAAUUGUGAUAAACCCCUCCCAGCGAAGCACCACUGGCCUGCCACUGCUGUGCCUGUCAUUGUCAUAGAAGGAGAAAGCAAGGUGAUGAGCAGUCGUUUUCUGCCCUACGAGAACAUUGUCACGGAUGCUGUUCUAAGCCUCGAUGAGGAUACGGUGCUUUCAACCACUGAGGUGGAUUUUGCCUUUACAGUUUGGCAGAGUUUCCCAGAAAGGAUUGUAGGCUAUCCGGCUCGCAGCCAUUUUUGGGACAAUACUAAGGAGAGGUGGGGAUACACAUCAAAAUGGACAAACGACUAUUCCAUGGUAUUGACUGGAGCUGCUAUUUACCACAAAUAUUAUCACUACCUGUACACUCACUACUUGCCUGCCAGCUUGAAGAAUAUGGUGGACCAACUGGCCAAUUGUGAGGACAUUUUGAUGAACUUCUUGGUGUCAGCUGUGACAAAAUUGCCUCCAAUCAAAGUAACACAGAAAAAACAGUAUAAGGAAACUAUGAUGGGACAGACUUCUCGGGCUUCUCGGUGGGCUGACCCAGACCACUUUGCUCAGAGGCAGAGCUGCAUGAACACUUUUGCCAGCUGGUUUGGCUAUAUGCCCCUGAUCCAUUCUCAGAUGAGGCUUGAUCCCGUGCUCUUCAAAGACCAAGUCUCCAUCCUGAGGAAGAAAUACCGAGAUAUUGAACGACUCUGAGGAGCCCUGAGGAGGGAGGGAGGGCAGGCAGGAGGGAGGGGAGAGAGAGUGGGAGACGGACUGUUCGCAAACACCCAGUGAAGAUCCCACUGACUCUUAGAGCAGAACUGUACCAAGAAUGAACAAAGACACACACACACACACACACAACUUCACACCAUGCCAAUGGAAAAGUCAACUGGCGCUGGCCUCCAAAGGGAUUCUCAGUGCACUGGACUGCUUCAAAACCACCUCAUGGGGCUGCAGGUCGCUCAAAGACUAGGUUGUGUACAGUUUCAUUAUGGAACAUUAAAUAAUUAUUUUUUGAAAUGAUUGCUAUGCAGGUUUAAACUUUUUUAAUGAUCAAAAAACCCUAUUAAACAGAGUUCUUUCUUUAAUCAGAA